AUGCUACAUUUUAAUGGCAAUUGGGAUAGCUAUGGUAGAUUUAGAGAUUUUCAAGUUGAUGGCAUUAUGCUUAAUGAGGAUGCAAGUUACAGUAUGUUGAUUUCUACAAUUGCAGAGCAAUUAAUGAUUGAUACUUCAGAAAAAAUUGUAGAAAUCAAAUAUAUUGUGAAUGAGAAUUGUCCUCCAAUAGAGAUUAGGAAUAAUGUGGGGGUUAGUGUGUAUAUAGAGACAAAAAAGGAGAAUAAAAACUUAGGAUCGUAUCCGUUACUCAUAAGUGUACGAGAUUUCAAUAUGGAAUUGGCUAUUACAAAUGAGAACACAAGUGCAGAAAACUGUAAUUGGCAUUUCAAGGCAACAUCAAUUAAUGAUUCUGCAAUGUUCAAGAUCAGGAGUUUCAAUCGACAACACACAUGCACCUUAAUGAAUGAUACAUUCAUACAGCGCAAACGUACUGCAGCUGUAGUUGGUAGCAUGGUCAUGCCAAAGUAUUGUGAUCCUAAGAUAGUUUACACACCAAAGGACAUACAAACUGACAUGUUGUCCCAACACGGAGUGAACCUAAGCUACAUGCAAGCAUGGAGGGCAAAAGAAAAGGCUUUACAGUUAUUGAGAGGUCAUCCGGCUGACUCCUACAACAAAUUAUCAAAAUAUUUUUAUAUUCUUGAGAAGAUGUAUCCUGGUUCAUUUGUUAAAUUGAAGAAGACAACAGAUGAAUGUUUCUUAUAUGCAUUUGUUGCUCUUUGUACAUCAAUAAGUGGUUGGAAAUAUUGUAGACCAGUAGUAGUGGUUGAUGGGACAUUCUUAAAGACAACUUACAGGGGGAUUAUGCUAACAGCAAGCACAAUGGAUGCAGCAGAUACAAUAUUGCCUCUGGCAUAUGCUGUGGUUGAUUCAGAAAACGACGCAUCGUGGAAGUGGUUUUUUGAGCAAUUCAAGCAAGCAUAUGGUGAAAGAACUUCAAUGUGUGUUGUUUCAGAUAGGAAUGAGAGUAUCCUGAAGGCAACAUCAAUUGUCUAUUCGAACGUACCACACUACUCUUGCGUGUGGCAUAUUUGGACAAAUAUAAGGGCAAAGUUCAAGAAGGGUCAUCUACAAUUAAAUGAAUUAUACUUUGCUACAGCAGGGUCAUACACUCUGGAUGAAUUUAAUGAAAGGAUGACGAAGAUUGAAGAGAUAGACCCGCAUGUUAAAUCAUACCUCUAUGAUAUUGGCUAUCAUAUAUGGUCAAGAGUACAUGCAACGGUGAAUAGAACUUGGACUAUGACAUCAAACAUUGCCGAGUUGUUGAAUGAUGUAACAAAAGAGGCAAGAGAGCUGCCAAUAUUUGACAUAUUAGAGUAUAUGAGGACACUUCUUGAACGUUGGAUGAAAGAAAAGUUAUUGAAGGCAAAGGGUACUUUCACAUACCUUGGGUACAAAUUCAACAAAGAAUUGGAGAAAAACAGUACAUUAUCUCAGAAACUUAGGGUGAGGGCUUCAACAGAUCAUAUCUAUACUGUGAUAGAUGGUGUGAAGCGGUAA